AUGGAACCGGCAACAAGCUCUUAUAAUAUGAGAAAUCUAGAUACUUGUAGUGAUUAUGCAGCUCAACCACUUGAGCCAAAUGGUAGAUUUGAACUUGAUAAGAAAAUAUGCCUUAGUAUAACUGGAUAUUACCCUGAAUAUUGGUUACCAGCUUGGGAAGAAGAAAUUGAUGAUUUUGGAUUUUAG